AUGCUGUGUGUGGCAGGAGCUGAGACGCAGCUUGAUGAUGAGUCUACUGACCAUGGUCGGGAGCAAGAUCCCGCACCGCCUGUUCGAUCCUUGGACCCCUUGCUUGCAGCAGCUGCUGAAAGUAACAACGCCGCCGAGCCACCACGGCCACCGCCGUUUCCCCCUUUGCUGGUGGAUGGUGAAGCAGGUGCUGACCGCACGACAACUCCAGCUGGGUCUGCUUCCAGCCGUGUAGCGGCUGUUCUCCAGGCGAGCAAGUCACGGAAAGAAACAGCAGGACAGACGUUGCAUCAGGCGAUGCUAGCCUUGGGGCCUCCUGGGUCAAUGUCACCUGAAGAGCUGUCUCGAGAACUCUUGUUUUUGCAUUCUCAGAUGCUUUCUGGGAAGGAAGUAGAAACCAGGGCGUCUCCGAAAGGAGAAGUGGAGACCACUGUGCCGAAGGUGCCUGCUAAGGCAAUGCCUGUGACGCCCCCUGCUGUUGUUGCUCCACUGCCAAAGGCAAAUCAAAAGCCACCCGCACCUGGUUCUGUUCCAGCUGUGAAAGGUGUGCCGCCACCACCCGUGCAUGCUGCUGUUCCAGCUGCCGAAGCACCGAAAGUGCCAGCUCAAGAGCCCGUCCCUGUGAAAGCCGCUGUUCUCCCACAAGCAGAGAAAGCGCCAGGCCCAGCUCCGAAAGCAUGCCAAGAGCCAACCCCUGAGCAAGCUGCAGCUCUGGCCGUCGCCCUUCCGCCACCACCUGGUGCUCUUGGAAAUGCCAGUGGUUCUGCCCCAGCUGGCAGUUUGCCAGCAAGUGCUGGUGGUGAGGAUGCUAUGGCAAUGGAUGUGCAGAAAGCUUUGGAUGAGCUGAGGAUUCGCCGGCACGUGAAAUCUGUGAACACGGAGGAGCUCUGGAAAGCUUGGAAGUCAAAAGACCAACGCCAAAAGAUGAAAGAGGUUUUGCUCCAGACGGGAUCUUUUGAAGAAGUGGAUCUUGUGGUCCAACGCAUGCAGUCCCAAAGUGUCAAAGACCAGGACACAUACAAGCCUGUGACGAAGACUAUGCUGAGAGAGAUCUACAAAUGGGACGAGUCCUGA